AUGCCCAGGCUGGCAGUGACUGCUGGGCUCUGGGCAGAGCUGAAGGGUGCUGUGGGCCCCACGUGCUGCCCUCAGUACCUCUGUUAGUCUUUUGAUGGCUACACAGUUCUUGGAAAGUAAAAGUCAAGCUGUCUCUUGUCCCAGAGGCCUGGAGCUCCUGAGGUGAGGCAGAGCCACGUGCAGGUCCCUUGUGGUCUCCAGGGCAAAAAGGGAUUUAGCCCUUUGUGCCAGCCUGCAGCACUGCUCUGGGCAAGGAUAAAACCUGCAGCUGGUUUGGCUGGGAUGUCCUGGUGCCUGCCCUGAGCCCUGUGCUGCUCUGUCCCCACGCCCCUGAUGGUCUGUGCAGGAUGCAGGAUGCUGGGGUGGCGUGCUGGGACAGGCUGUGCCUCAGCUCCCGUGUGCAGAGGGCACUGCUGAGCCCGUGCCCAGCUGGGACGUUGCUAACAAGGAAACAAGGAAGGAAAAAAGCCCUGGCUCAGCAAAGGAGCUACAAACAACCCGAGUUAAAGAACGUCGCCCGGUGUGUGGCACCGGCAGCACGGGCUGCCCCCAACUGGAGGAACCCGGCAGCUGAGCAGAGCCUGGCAGCUUCCUCAGAGCACCCCAGCCACAGGAGAGGCUGCUGGGCUGAGAGUGUGUGUUCAACUGAGCUCCUGACACGGCAGAGGGGCAGAGGACAUGCUGGAUCCAAGGUGCCAGGAGCCCGUCAUGUCUGGUGGCAGCAGAACAGCUCCAGCACAGCCAUCCCUCCCUGUGGCCCCUGACUUCAGCGUGGAGUGGGAGAUGGAUGGGCUGUGGUAGGAUGAGCCCUGCCCUGCUCCUGCUGCUGUGUCUGGCCAGCUGCUCCCUGCUCCAGGGGCUGCUGCUGAGGCCACGGCGCGUCAGGCUGGAGGCACAGAACUUCCACGUCCAGCUGCACUGGGAGCCAGAGCCCAGCUCCCCCAGCUGUGCCACCCACCAGGUGGAGUGGAGGAGCAGAACCUCCAGCUGGACCAAGGCAGGUGCCUGUGGGGGGAACAGCAGCAGCUCCUGCGUGUGUAAGCUGUAUUUUGAGAACAUUUAUGAAAUCUACUGGGCACGGGUGAGAGUGGUGGCUGGAGGAGAGCAGUCCGAGUGGGCCAGUUCCAGCGAGCUGCAGCUGUACAGAGACACAAUUGUUGGCCCCCCAAAGCUGUCCUGGCAGCUCCAGGAUCAAAUGCUCAGCGUAAAGAUCAUCACACCACCCACUCCCUACCGGAGAAGAAGUGGCUCCUACAAGCGAGUGAGCCGAGUGCUGAUGAAGCUGUGGUACUGGCUGCACCUGUACGAGGGGGAGCUGCUGGUGCAGCAGGUGUCCUGCGAGUGGAGCAGUGAGGAGCAGCCCUGCACCCUGGGGCACCUGAGGCCCAGCACCCACUACUGUGUGCGGACAGUGGCCGUGGGCAUCGCCCGGGAGCGCAGCCGCGAGGCCGAGGGGUGCCUGCUGACCCCAGCCCCACCUGCAGGUGAGCAGUGCCUGCUGACCCCGGCCCCACCUGCAGGCUUUCCAUGGCUCCCUGCCACGCUGAGUGCCGCCUCCCUGCUGCUGCUGCUGAGCGUGGCCGGGCUGUGCUUCGUGCGGCUGCAGCUCCUUGCCGAGCCUCCGGAGACACGGCUCCCGAAAGCCCUGAACCUCCAGCACCGCGGGCUGAGCGUGGCCGGGCAGGUGCCUCCCCUCCAGCCUGAGGAGGACCCGCUGGCCCUGCUGCUGCAGACCGUGCUCCCCUCCCAGGGGCCACCCACAGCCGGGCAAGCACCAGCCACCGUCCCCCAGCUGCCCCGAGGCCUCGCCCCGGACGAGGGUGGCUACUGUGCUAACGGCUUUGGCCCAGACUGCCCCGAGGUGAGGGACCCAUCCUGCUCCCACAGCCAGCUGGGACUCGCCCUGGGUCCCCAGGUGCCCUCAGAGCCGAAGGAUGGGGAGGCAGGUGAUGGGGAUGAUUUGCCAGAGCAGCUGGCGCUGGUGGAACUGACUGGAAGCAGCUGCCUCGGUGACAGGGACAGCCAGACACCUGAGAUGUGGCUGCCCCUGCGCCCCCAGCUUUACUCCAAGUGCCAGUGCCCGGUGCCGGGGGCAGGCAGGGACCCUCCUGUGCCGGUGCCCAGCAGGAGCUGCGGGCAGGAGCUGCGGCAGAGCCUGGGCAGGGCCGGGCGCUGGGUCCCGCUCGGCUCCGUGCGGCUCCCGGCCAGCGCCCACGAGGAGGGGGGACAGCCCCCCUGUGCCCCCCAAACCCCGCCGGGCAUGGGGACAGAGCCAGAGCCCCCCUGUGCCCCCCAAACCCCGCCGGGCAUGGGGACACGGCCAGAGCCCCCCUGUGCCCGCCCGACCCCGCCGGGCAGGGGGACACGGCCAGAGCCCGGGGUCUGCAGCGGGCAGCGGGGCUGCUGGGGGCAGGCAGGGCUGCCUGUGCCCCCCUCGCCCUGCGGGCCAGCUGCCUCCUCUGGCUACGAGCCACGGGCCCCUGUGGCCCUGAGCCACGGCCAGGGCGGCGCCCCCAGCCCCCAGCACGGCCAGGACACCUCCCAGAGCUGCCCCGCCACCCCUGCCCCCUGUCCCAGCCCGGGAUGGGCCCAGGGCACAGCAGAAUUCCGGGCACAGCCAGGGAUGGGCAGGACCCAGAGCGUUCCUCUGGGGGUUUGGUGCUCUUGGGACACAGCAUAAGGAGCAUGGAGCAAAGCUGAGCCCCCAGAACUCCUACCUAUUUAUCUGUGUGUGUGCAUGUGUGGUACAGUAUCUAUACCAUAUACAUAUGUAUUUAUAAAGCUCUUUAAUGAAAAAAGUUAGGGUUUUUACUUCUGUGGAAAUGUUGAUUGUGUGCUGGAGUUGUUUUUAAAUAUCACUAAUUUAUUACAGAAAACUGACUUCUCUAUUGAUUGUUUCUGUGCUACAGACCCAGCAUAGCCCUUCCCUGUGCAGCAGUCGGGAAAGGCACUGGUUAAACUUGAGGUUUUCCUGGCAGAAAAUUGUGCCCAUAAUCUCUGCCUUGCUCUCCUGUGUGAAAAGUCUGGUUUUUAGCACCAUGGGAUACGUUUAUUAUUCCUGCUGCCAGCACUGGGAUGAUUUAUGGCUGCAGUUUAUGCCCUGCAGUUGUCCCUUGGGAUGUGCUUUGAGGCUGUGCCUGAAGCCACAGAGGUGAGGGGAAACCCCCUUGA